CGGAGGCGGGAGCCCGAGUGGACGCCGGGCUGCUGCUGCUGCUGCAUGCGUCCUGGCCAGUGCUGGGGCGGCGGAGCGUCAGAAGAGGGGUGACGAGGCGAGAGAUUGGGAGACCCCCUGAAGGAACAGCGAGACUCGGAGACCAGAGACUCGCCCUGGAAGACCUGGGGCUCGGGGCGCGAGCGUAUUUCAUUGCGUUCUCAGGGGGAGUGCGCGGGGUUCGCCCCAUGGCCGGGACUCGCCCCAAGGCCGGGACUCCGGGCCGCGAUCCUUGGGGGGCCCCUGGGAUUUAUUACCUUCUCGGCUCCCUGCUCGCCGGACUGCUCUCCCCGGGGGCUGUAGCCUUCAAUCUGGACGUGAUGGGCGCCCUGCGCAAGGAGGGCGAGCCGGGGAGCCUCUUCGGCUUCUCUGUGGCUCUGCACCGGCAAUUGCAGCCCCGACCCCAGAGCUGGCUGCUGGCGGGCGCUCCCCAGGCUCUGGCUCUGCCUGGGCAGCAGGCGAAUCGCACCGGAGGACUCUUCGCCUGCCCCCUGAGCCUGGAGGAGACUGACUGCUCCAGGGUGGACAUCGACCGGGGAGCGGAUGUGCAGAAGGAGAGUAAGGAGAACCAGUGGUUGGGAGUCAGUGUUCGGAGCCAGGGGCCUGGGGGCAAGAUUGUUACCUGUGCACACCGAUACGAGUCGCGUCAGCGAGUGGACCAGAUCCUGGAGACAAGGGAUGUGAUUGGUCGCUGCUUUGUGCUAAGCCAAGACCUGGCCAUCCAUGACGAGCUGGAUGGUGGGGAGUGGAAGUUCUGUGAGGGGCGCCCGCAGGGCCACGAACAGUUUGGGUUCUGCCAGCAGGGCACGGCCGCUGCCUUCUCUCCAGACAGCCACUACCUCCUCUUUGGAGCCCCGGGAACUUAUAACUGGAAGGGCACAGCCAGGGUGGAGCUCUGUGCACAGGGCUCAGCGGACCUGGCACAUCUGGACGACGGGCCCUACGAGGCGGGGGGUGAGAAGGAGCAGGACCCCCGCCUCAUCCCGGUCCCUGCCAACAGCUACUUUGGUUUCUCCAUUGACUCGGGGAAGGCGCUGAUGCGAGCAGAGGAGCUGAGCUUUGUGGCAGGGGCCCCUCGUGCCAACCACAAGGGUGCUGUGGUCAUUCUGCGCAAAGACAGUGCCAGCCGCCUGGUGCCCGAAGUUACACUGUCUGGGGAGCGCCUGACCUCCGGCUUUGGCUACUCACUGGCUGUGGCUGAUCUCAACAAUGAUGGCUGGACAGACCUGAUAGUGGGUGCCCCCUACUUCUUUGAGCGCCAAGAAGAGUUAGGGGGUGCCGUGUAUGUGUAUAUGAACCAGGGGGGUCACUGGGCUGGGGUCUCCCCUCUCCGGCUCUGCGGCUCCCCCGACUCCAUGUUUGGGAUCAGCCUGGCUGUCUUGGGGGACCUCAACCGAGACGGCUUCCCAGACAUCGCCGUGGGGGCUCCCUUCGAUGGGGAUGGGAAAGUCUUCAUCUACCACGGGAGCAGCCUGGGGCUUGUCGUCACAGCUUCCCAGGUGUUGGAGGGCGAGGCCGUGGGCAUAAAGAGCUUUGGCUACUCGCUGUCGGGCGGCCUGGACGUGGAUGGGAACCAUUACCCGGACCUGCUGGUGGGCUCCCUGGCCGACACAGCUGUGCUCUUCAGGGCCAGGCCUGUCCUCCACGUCUCCCACGAGGUCUCUAUCCUUCCGAGAACCAUCGACCUAGAACAGCCCAACUGUGCUGGCGGCCACUCAGUCUGCAUGGACCUAAGGGUCUGUUUCAGCUACGUCGCAUCGCCCAGCAGCUACAGCCCUGUUGUGGCCCUGGAUUACACGUUAGAUGGGGACACAGACCGGAGGCUCCGGGGCCAGGUCCCCCGUGUGACCUUCCUGAGCCGUGGCCCGGAUGACCCUAAGCACCAGGCCUCAGGCACCGUGUGGCUGAAACGCCAGCAUGACCGAGUCUGUGGUGACACCACGCUCCAGCUUCAGGAGAAUGUCAAAGACAAGCUUCGGGCCAUUGUGGUGACCCUGUCCUAUAGUCUCCCGACCCCUCGGCUCCGGCGACAGGCUCCUGGCCAGGGGCUGCCCCCAGUGGCCCCCAUCCUCAAUGCCCACCAGCCCAGCACCCAGCGGACGGAGGUGAGCAUGGGUUCCAGCUUAGCCCAGGAAAAGGAGCCGUG